ACACUAAGAUAGAUUUAUUGCAGUUAUUGUUCGGAAAUCCAAUUACGCUCUACUGUCUACAUUGAAACAAGUAAAUUAAUGGAAAUGCUUGGUUAAAAAUGGCACUGAGAGUUAUUUAAAGCCCCCUUUGGGGAACAAGGGUCAAUUGUGCCGCGACAACCCCUGGAGCAGGCAGCAGAGGACUUUGGGAGCUGACCUCUAAUUGGUCAGUUAGAGAGAAAGGGGCGGUCCGAAUGAAUUAGUGAUAGACUCUAAAGGCAGAUAUCCUGCAGUGAUCAAACCCUGGGUGAUCUGACAGUUCAGUGUUUGAAGUGAUUAUCAUGCUAGGCAACAUAAAGGCUUACCCCCAGCUUUGGGCCUAAUUAGUUCACUAAGGGGCCUUUAUAAGACAUUGAUAAGGGACCGGGAAGUACAGACACUCACUGAGUAAGCAGAGCAUCAGGAUAGCAGCAGCAGCAGCAGCAGCAGCAGCAGCAGCAGACUUGGAUCCCUAAAGUUGACCUGCUGCUACAACAAACAAACCACUCUGAAGAGUAUCUGCUUUUCUGAGAAUGCCACACUUAACUGACUGCAGUUACUUCACGAUGCGGGACGCAACAAGAGCUUCAAAUGUACACAGCCACCUGGAGAACUCCAAGUUCCACCUCCACCAGAGCCAGAACCAGCAGGUCAAACAGUACCUGACACUGGGCUCAAAGCUGGCCUCGUCUGCCGGGCAGGGCCACAGUGUACAGCAUCCACACACACCGGGCCAGGCGCUGGCCAGCGUUCCCAUUAUGAGGAAUGGACACAUGCCCUCGGUCAGCGACGGCAGCAACCCAAACAGCCCCGUUACCCUGCUCACUAUGGCCAGCCAUGACAGCGAGUUUCCAAUGGAUGAAGUUAUUGAUGAUCUUAUUAGUCUUGAAUCCGGUUUCAAUGAUGGAGGCUUGGAUUGCAUGGAGCCUAACAUCAUAAUGCAAGGGAAUGUAUCCCUCAGCGGCAGCAUGCUGGACAUCUAUGGCGGUGAACAAGGUAUGAGCGCUCCUAAUGGUGGAAUGAGUCCCACAUCUAACCCCACAAAGCUCACUGUAAAAAGGGAAUACACAGAACAUGACACGAGAGUGAUGGCCAAAGAGAGACAGAAAAAGGACAACCAUAAUCUAAUUGAAAGACGGAGAAGAUACAACAUCAACUACAGGAUCAAGGAGUUGGGGACGCUUAUACCAAAGUCCAAUGACCCAGACAUGCGCUGGAACAAAGGCACCAUCCUGAAGGCCUCGGUGGAGUACAUAAAGUGGCUGCAGAAGGAGCAGCAGCACGCUCGGGAGCUGGAGAGCCGGCAGAAGAAGCUGGAGCAGGCGAACAGAAGGCUGCUGCUGAGGAUCCAGGAACUUGAGAUCCAGGCGCGAGCACACGGCCUCCCCAACAUGGCUACAGCUUUAGGGACAGUUGAACUUUCCUCACACCUCCUCAAACAACAACAACAACAGCAGCAGCAGCAGCAGCAGCAGCAGCAGCAGUCAUCCCCUCAGCCCCAACAACCCAUACAGCCGCCCCUGUACCAGGAGGACCCCAACAGCGACUACCUCCAGAGGAUAGCCUCUGUAGCGGGCGUUCCUUCCAUCCCUAGUGCGGCCGGGCCGCAGGACCACAUCCCCGGCGCAGAUGGUUGCACCACGUUCUCCGACCCGCUGUCCCACUUCACAGACUUCUUCAGCGCCACACUUAAGGAGGAGCACCGGCUGGACGAGAUCCUGAUGGACGACCCGCUGUCGCCUUUUGGCGCAGACCCGCUUCUCUCGGCUGGUUCGCCUGGAGAAGCUUCCAAAGACAGCAGCCGCAGGAGCAGCUUUAGCUCAGCGGAGGGUGACGACCUAUAAGACUUCCCUCUUCAGAUACACACUUCUGGUUGUGGCGAAGGGCGUACACAGGGCCUUCUGAAGACUGAUCACUGGACUGCAACUACUGUAUAGUUUGAACAACAGCUAAAACACCUGACAGUGCUCAAAAAGGUGCCACUUGUAUAAAACAAGUCUUUUGUUUGUUUUUUAGCAGCUCAUGGACUUCCUGCUCCUCAGCGUAACGUUACUAAAGACAAACUGUGCAUUCUGCCUCCCGGACAGAGCAGAAACAGACUCAUAAGAAAAAAGGGAGACAAUAAUCAGCCUUCAUGUGUGUAAUAUAAAUGUUCUUUUGGUAAACACUGUGGUAGCCAAACCCUGUAAAAUGCCAAAUAAUCACUGAAAACAGCCAAAAUGCUUCUCUUUUUUAAAAACCAAAAUACUACUACGUCAUAAAAGGACCUUUUUUUUAUAUUUGCAGUCAGAGUUGUGAUCAUGUGUUUGUGCCUUAUUCCAACUCACAGUUUUGUGUCUUUUAAGAGACACUGAGCUGUAAUUGUUGACUCACCAAAAUGCCUAACGUGUCUUUGUCCUUGUCCGUGACUUUUUAAGUGUUUUUGUUAAAUAAGUGUUGAUGUAUUUAUAUGUGUUCUAAUCCAUGUAUUCAUUAAAAUAUAUAUAUAUAUAUAUAUUGUUAUCUAACAUGUUACUUUUUGAUGUCUUAGUAGGGGGUGGGGAAAAUAUAAUAAACCCCUUUUUUAUAUAUA